AUGAGCACAUUACCAUCCACCAGCAAGAGGCAGAGCCAAGCAUGCCAGGAAUGCCGGCGACGCAAGCUACGAUGCGACGGUAAACAGCCGCAAUGUUCCACAUGCGAGAAUGCCGGCAUCGAAUGCAACAUCGACCGUAACCGUGCACCCCGUGGCCCCAAGAAGGGCUAUAUCACCGCAUUGCAGAACAAGAUUGAAACACUCGAAAGCCGCCUUCGGGAACAAGAACAGCAUCAUCCCGAUUGGUCGGAGAGUCUGGAAUAUGGCGACGAAACGCUUCAUCCGGUGACAUCACAUCUGCCUGUGAUUCUUGACUGUCUGGACGACUCUGGACUACAUAGAGAUCUCCUUACAAUUCAAUCAACUCCUCUAGCAUCGGAGCUAGACACAUCUAUCAGCACCUAUUCUGGCAUCAACGUGGCAUCAACGUCAAUGACCCUUCCAUCAGAUCAUACACCCGCGAUAUCCAUAUCGGAAUGCGGUAGGAGUUGCAACCUACACAUCACUGAUCUUAUGCAAGACGAGCUGGACCAGUUAUACUUUGACAGAAUACAUGCCGCCGUUCCCAUACUGCACCAGCGAAGGUAUCUUUCAUGGUCAAGGCUCUCUGAAAAGACGAGGUCGCGAAGCUGCCUUCAGCAUGCCGUCUGGGCGGCAGCAUCGCUCGUGUCAGCGCAUUUUCAGCACCUGCAGCACACACUCUACCCAGAGGUAAAGAGGCUUCUUGCUACUACAGCCCCGGCAAAGAUCCCUGGUGGGCAGGAUCUUGCAGUUGAUGUUGAACUAGUCCAAGCGUGGGUCUUAAUAACCACUUUCGAGUUCAUCAGGAUGUAUCACUAUGAAGCAUGUCUUAGUGCGGCUCACACAUUCCGACUUGCACAGUUAAUGGGACUGCAUAAAGUUGACGUUCUAGAUAAUCUACCUUCUAUAAACGAAAGAGACUUUAUUACAGUAGAAGAAAGACGCCGGGUGUUCUGGAUGGCUUUUACGCUUGAAAUUCUCCUUAGCAUGCACAGCAACCUACCUCUGGUAGUAAACGAGCACAUGAUCACGACCCUUCUUCCCGUACCUGACCACGACUUCCAGAAUGGUCAACUGACCGAGACCGGCUUUCUCCACGACCUACUAAGCAAGCGGAGCGAGACGGUCAAAUGGCCAUUCAAUGAAUGCAUAAUGCUUGCAGCAGUUUGCGCACGGGCAUCUUCCUAUUCACCGAAGAGCUUUAACCACCUUCAAUCCGGUCAUCAAGACGGUGACCACGUUGAUCGGCAGAAAUGGCUGUGCAAUACCCUGAUUCUGCGCCUACAGACUCUGGAAGAGGACUACCCUAGUCAGAAGAACUCAUCCGACCUGUCAUUGCUAUUUGCCAACCUUUUGGCUCAAGCAUCAAUCAUCUAUCUUUGUGGAGAAGCUCAAUCUUCAGACUGGCAAACUGGGAGCCCGGAUAGUGAGAACCCCCUGCAAAACGGAAGUCAUCAACUGGCGAUUGGUGCUGCACAACGUAUACUAGAACUUUCCCGCUCACUCAUAGACUUCCCCGUCAGCAAGAUUCACCCUUUUACACCGAUUCCUCUAUGUCUCGCUGUCAGAUUUCUAUCCACGAAAAGGUCGAAUCCUAUGGCUGCCGAUCUUCUACAGGUACCUCAGUUGGAGUACACAGGACAAAUACAACAUCAGUUUGACAAGGGGGGAGGGGGUGUCUCCAGCAAUUCAUUUAUAAUUGUGACCCUACAAGCUUUGUUUACAAUGAAACCAGAUACAUGUACGCCCUGGCUAGGUCCUGUCGCCCGUCUUCUACGCCUAAACGUAUACGGUACGGAUACGGCAGCAGCAGUAGUAAUAAUGGUGUACUGGGAUUGUAGUAAUAAGCCUGGAUCAUACGAGUACACGUCGGGUACUUGUACAAGGCCCACAGCUAAGGUCGAGCCACGGUAUGACCUCGCAGAGACUUGA